CCAUACAAAAAUCCAGCUCACCACUUUCAAUCUAGUACUUCAUUGAUUGCGUCCCAUUCCUGGAAAAAAUUCGAAAGAAAUUCUUGGAUGAAUAUCGCAACGAAAUCCCGUAUUUUGCGGCAAUUCAUAAGAAGUUUUUUUUAGAAAUUUCAUCGGAAAAACAUUCGGAAUUCAGAAUUUACACUUAUUGUAGUUGCCUCAACAUUCGUUUUGGUAUUGCUUUGAGGAUUUUUCUUGUUUAUUUUUCAGAAUUUCCCCAGCAACUCCAUGGAAAUUAUUUCAUUUUUUUUUGGAAAUUGCUUUGACAAUUUCUUUGGAAUUCCUUCAGUAAUUUAAAAGGGAAUUUCUUUAUCAAUGUUAUUCAUAAUUCCUUUGGAAAGGGGGAAUUUUGCGGCAACUACUUUGAAAAUUCCUUGAGCAAUUAUUUUAGUCAUUCCUUUGUUGAUUUCUAUGAUAAUUCUUCAAACUAUUGUUUCUUGAAUUCUUGAGUAAUGUAUUCGAAGUUAUUCAGUGGCAGUUUCUUAAGGAAUUACUUCGAACAUUUCUUGAGAAAUUCUAUUAGCAUUUCAUUUGUAAAUUUUGCAAUCGAUUCUUUUUUAAUCUUCUUCAUUCAUUAUUUUAGAAAUUUUUCGGUAAUUCCUUUGUAAAUUCUUUCGGAAUUCUCUUUCAAUUGCCAUUUCCUUCGCAAUUGUUUUGGCAAUCUGAUUUUUAAGAUCUCUCAGCAAUUACUUUAAGGAUUCACAAAUUCGUUUGAGGAUUCCUCGAAAUGCCGUCCUUUUUUGUUUUUUUUUUAAGUUCCCCCAUGCUUACGAAGAAUUUGAGAAUUCUUUCAAAAACUUCUUUGGGAAUUCCUUUGCAUAUUUCAUUGGAAUUUACUUUGCCUUCUCUUUUUGGUGUUUUUUUCGAUAGAUCUUUUUAUUGAUUUGGGUAAUUUCUUUGAUAAUGUCUUGGAAGUUUCUUUUGGUUCUAUUUUACGAAAUCAAUAGGUGAUGUCUAUAGAAGUUCCUUCGGCAAUAUCUUGGGAUUAUUUUUUCAAAAAUGUUCAAAAUUUUUUUAAGAAUUGCUUUGAAAAUUGAGUUAGCAAAUUCAUUUUCGUAGUUCAUUAUGGGGAAGUUUGACCGAAAUUGGACGUAAAGAAAGUCACAAUGCUUUCCAACCUUCGUCGAAAUACAAAAUCCUAGAUUCAAGUUUUCCUCCUCCAUGUAGUAUUGACCAAGGAUAUCACGCAAGGCCAUUUAUUAUUCGGAACUGUGACCUCAAAUAGCAACACUCAUCAACCUACUUAAAAUAAAUCAUUAACUCAGGGUGUUGCUUUGAGACACCGAUAAACAUAGACAUUGGGAUAACGAAGUUCAUGUUUUAUACUUCCUUAUUUCGGGAUUCAAAGCAGAUAAAAAAAAUGACGUUUUUCUGCAAAGUUUUUCAGAAGAACAAGACCGUUAGUAGAUUACAGGUAUGUUCCGUUUUUGUCACUAUCCGUUUUUAUCACUAUUCGUUUUUGUCACUAUCCGAAUUCGUCAACAUUUCAUUACGUUUUCGUCAACACUUAAGUUUUUGUCAAAUUUGUUCUCUCGAACACGAGUUAUUUAUAGUUAAACAUUAAUCUUAAGGCCAUGCAUCCAUGAAUGAAUUUGAAGCAACCAUCAAUGAUGACAUAGAAAACGUAUACGCCACAGUAGCUUUCAACAUAUUUAAAUUUAGCUGUAAUUAAUGUUAUUCAUGCUUUCUUUCAUGCAUAAUUUUACCUCUUAUUUGAACAUGAGAAAAAUUAAACCAAAUGUCAAAUUGAAAAAUUAAACCGAGCCAACUUAAUUAUUGAAAAUCUGUAACACUUGAAUAACAAUAUCAUCGUCAACAAUUUUGUCGUUUUGUAAAAUGGCUCAAUCAGUGUAACAUAAGUAGCUAACCAUGGUAGAUCAAUAAUAAUAGAUGGGAUGUGCAUAUUAAACCAUUAAAGGAUGGACUCGAUUAUCCGGCAAUAGGAAAAAGUCACCCUGGAUAAUCAAACUUUUUUUUAUUUCAUUAACCCAUUGUAGUUAGGGCACCUUAAUUGAUGUUCCUUCCGGGGAUUGCUCCAGGAUGUCCAUCUGGGUAUUCCUCCAAGAACUUCCUUCUUCUUCUUUCUUCUUUUUUUUAUGGCUCUAAGUACCAAUUUGAACUUGGCCUGCCAGUUCAAGUAUUCUUCGAGAACUUAAACAGUUUAGAGCUUUCUUUGCCUGUCAUUGCCAGAAUUUUUACACUAUUAUAAAAUCAAUAGACUUUGCCACUGUUCUAGUCUUUGCCCCCUCCAUACCAAUACCAUUUUAGAUUAGAUUAGAUUAGAGCAGAAUUUGGAGGAGGGCUUUUUUUAAGUGAAAUAAAUUUCAUGCUAUUUUUUACACAAAUUUCUUGAAAUUACGCAAAGUGCUGAAUUCUUCUCCCCUGGUCGCAAUUUCUUUCCGAUGGGGCUCAAAAUUCUACCACAGAUUUCUCUUGUCCAAAUUUUCCCGACCGAAACUACUAUAUUCACUAAGCUAACUGGAGAUUCCAAUAGAAUUUUGUUCGUGAUAUCAUCUUCCGAUUGCUCCAAAAAUGCAAUCUUGGUUUUCAGGCCCGGAUUAAGGAUUGUGGGGGCCCGGGGUCCGAGCGAUUGUGAAGGCCCCUCGGAGGUACAAAUGUGAUGAGCAAUGCAGUUUUUCUUUUUUUCUUCAGCAGUACUUGAGCCAAAAUUAGUUUUUGUAGGGGCCCCUAAAAUGUGGGGGCCCGGGGCUCUGAACCCCUCCCCCCCCCCUAGAUCCGGCCCUGUUGGUUUUCUUCAGUAAUUCCUCCUAACGAUUCUACCUUGUACUUCUCCAGAUUCCUUAAUGGAUUUCUUCUGAGAAAUCGUCAAUAAAUAUUUCAGAAGUUCCAUUAAGUGAAUAAGGAAUUAAGUCUUUCAGAAACAAGUUUCUCUAGGAAAAAGGAGUCUGGGAUCUUGGAAAACAAUCUGAGGAUUUCUCCAGCAACUCCUGUAGGGUUUCCAGAAGAAACUAAGGAUUCUCAAAAAAAAACUAAAGAAAUCCCAUCAAUUCUGAAAGUAUCCCCCAAGAAACAGUUUGAUGAUAUUUUGAAAGAACGUAUACAGGUCUCCUAGAAGGAAUUUCUCAAGGAUUCCCACAUGGAACUUCUGGAGGAUUCUCAGGAAUAACUCCCCGGAGAUUUCUAUACAGAACAUCAGCAGGACUCCCUGAAGAAACUUCUGGAGGAUUUGAGGAAAGAAUUUCUGGAAGAAUACUAGACUACACUUCUGGGAGAUUCCCAGGAAACGCAGUAAGAAAUCGGGAAUUAUUAUUAUUAUAUUAUCUUUAUUACCGAGAUUUUCAGCCCAAGACUGAUUCAUCUAGUAAUCAUGGGGAAAAACAAAGAUAAAAGAUAAAAAAGUAUUUCGACACUGAUUUUUCAUUUGGGCCUAACUGACAUUUUCGAGUUCUCUUCAUCGAUCCUCUAUUUGUGUUAUCACAGAAUGUGUAUUGAGUUUUCCAAAGAUUUUUUGGUUGAAAUGCGAAGAAGACGACUACAUGUUGGUAUAGAAACAAAAAGAAUAAUGAUUUUAUUUGUUUUGAUCAAGUUAUUAGCGAAAGAGAGAGUCGACGAAGAGAAAUCGAUCAAGUCAGUUAGGCCCUUAUGAAAAAUCAUUGUCGAUUUAUAAUAAAAGUUCCAGUAGAUGUUGGUGUUUCUAUUGCGCAUAAAUACCAAAACAAAGUCCUGUAGGAAUCCUUCAAAUAAAAAGCGUGCAUUUUUCAUAGUGCGUGUACUCAGUACACGACGCGACCGCUCCCGGGUUAAGCUCGAAGUACAUUUCUGACAUGAAAUGCAACUAAUAAGUUUUAAAUUUUAUCACAACAAACCCCACUUUUACCACCCUAAUGUUAUUUUCGCAACAACCUUUCCCUCUCUUACACACCCACAACAGUCAGAUAGUCGGUUCGGGGUUUGGCGUUUCGCAAAAGAGCUGCAAGCCAUGUGACGACGACCGCGAUUAUCUGCUUGCUAAGCUGAGCACAUCAUCCACAUCCAGCCAAGCCAACCAAACCAGCUAACUCGCGGAGCGAGGUCUUCCGAUCCGUUCGCACUAACUCUCUAUAGCCAGCGCCCAUAGCCCAUCGUCGUCGCCGUGUCGUCGACGUGCGUCGUCGAUGUAAGAGCUCUCGACGCUGCUAAAUACUCAGCUCAAUAUACACACAGCUAGGUGGCUAGGUGGUAGGACCGCGGCAGCAGCGUAACGUUAUAGGUACGUCGUUCGCGCUGUCACUUGCCGUCGUCGAUAUUUAGUACAGAGCAGGCGUAAAGUGUACGACAACAAUAUUGGAGCAGCUACACGUGCUGAGUCCCCCCUGCCCACCAGCAAUGUUACACGUACAUACUCCCCCGCAGUACUUUUAUGGUUGGUCCUCUUACACACGGCCACGGUCGGUGGUGGUGUUGGCCAAGUGGUGGAUUGGAUGUGAGCUUCAUUGUAUUUAUUUGUUUGCCAUUUUUGUACGGGCUAAGGUUGGACACGGGUGGGAGAGAGUUCUACACUGGUCCAUAUGCGUUGCUCUAUAAGAUGAUGGUUCACUAGAGGAUCACAACAUCUAUAUGUACUAGGUACCAACUAACAGAGCGCUUGGAGGCCACUUAUGCGGAACGAGUGAAUAGAAUGGUGAUAUGAUGGAUUCAAUUUUCUCGGCAAUUGCGUGUCCAAUUCUGAGGCAGAUCUCCAGUAACGCAAGGGUGUGAUAUGUGUAGUAUAUGAGAUUGACAAUUGUAAAAAUGUACAAAUAAAAUGUAAAGCAUUGAAAACAACUGUUGUGGAAUUCACAGAAUGAAAACCUAUCACAAACUGUCUGAAAGAAAGCCAUCGGGAUAAUGUCUGUUGUUUGUGCUCCGCCCAUCGGUAAUUGAAAAAAAAAAAAAAAAAAAAAAACUUCACCGUCUGCUUUUGCUUCCCACCCCGCCGAGCCGAGACUCACUUCGAGCGCCCACCCACUGUGUACUAGUCUGGACAUUGGAUUGAAUAAAACGAACUGCGCGAAGCGCAUUUCAUUCAUUCUUCCAUCGGACACGGAGCGUGCAACACACUAAGAGUUGGAUCGAGCUGACGGUAGCAGCGAGGCUUUGAAAAAUUCUCUCGCUGUUACUUCCCACCCCGCCGGGCCGAGGCUCAAUCCGAGCGCCCACUGAGCGUGCGCCUGUCCGGGCAUUGGACUGAAUAAAACGAACUGCGCGAAGCGCAUUUCAUUCAUUCUUCCAUCGGACACGGAGCGUGCAACACACUAAGAGUUGGAUCGAGCUGACGGUAGCAGCGAGGCUUUGAAAAAUUCUCUCGCUGUUACUUCCCACCCCGCCGGGCCGAGGCUCAAUCCGAGCGCCCACUGAGCGUGCGCCUGUCCGGGCAUUGGACUGAAUAAAACGAACUGCGCGAAGCGCAUUUCAUUCAUUCUUCCAUCGGACACGGAGCGUGCAACACACUAAGAGUUGGAUCAAGCUGACGGUAGCAGCGAGGCUUUGAAAAAUUCUCUCGCUGUUACUUCCCACCCCGCCGGGCCGAGGCUCACACCCAGAGCGCCAUUUCCUCGAUUCGUGAGUUUUCUUGCGACAGUCAUCCGACCCAGUUGAUAGCUGGGCAAACGAUCAGAAUGGACUCGUCAGAUGUCGGUCGCGACAGUGGCGCAACAUUCAACGGACCGCUGGCUCCCACAAAAACGCCCUCGAAAAAGUCCCUUCUAAAGGAACUGAGCGAGGUUCUCAAAAAGAACAACGCACUCCGCGAGCAAGUGGCAAGUUUGUCAGGCUUUGGCAGUGACUGGAUUCCGGCGUCGUCUAGCACGGGCCACUCUGAUGGACCACUUCUUUCGGCGAUGAGCAAUUGGUCACUUGGUGCACUGAACAUACCGGAAUGCGUACCAUCGGAAGGGCAAACUGAAAUUGACAAACAAGCAUUCGAAUACUGGAAGGACAUGCUUGUUUCGUCGCUUCAGCUGGCCAACGCUACAGAUGAAAGGAUGAAAUACGGAGUGUUCAAGAUCAAGUCUGGCCCCAAGCUCCGGGAAAUCUUGAGCACGACAUCUUCUACACCAGAGAUGCCGGAUGAGCAAACUUUCCCAUUCUCGAACGCAUUGGCUCGACUUGACGGAUACUAUGGAUCCAGGGCAUACACACUAACGCAACGAGGAAAGCUUAUGAUGAUGCUGCAAGGAGCUACGGAAAACAGCAUUGCAUUUGUGCGGCGCGUGACCUGUGCUGCGAAGCUGUGUGGUUAUGGACCGGAUGAAGAGAUGGAGGCGGUAGUGAGAGUUAUCACACAAAGGGCUAACGAUGCUAGAGUUCGGACACUGGCCAAUCGGAAUUGGCUGAAGCAAGGUACCAUGAAGGACCUCAUCGAUCUGAUCCAGGACCAUGAGAUUGAAAAAUCAAGCGAAGAAGAGUUUCUAAGGAGGCAAAGGCUGAGAGAUUCGCCAUUGGUUGCGGCGGUGUCUCACAGCAAUGAGGAAUAUCGUAACCAACGAACAGCUUUCAGUUCGUACGGAAGAGGCAGAGGAUUCCCGAACCGUGGUGGUGGAAGAGGAGGACGAGGAUUUUCGAGAGGCAACAAUCGUUCACAAUCCAACUGUUGGAGGUGCGGAAGCGUUUAUCACCGAUCAUCUGAAUGCUUUGCGAUCAAGAAGGACUGUCGAAUUUGCCGACAGUAUGGCCAUAUUGCUCGUUGCUGUCCAUCGAAUCAGUCCAGCCCAUUGGAGCAGAGAAGACCCUUAAAACGCCACGCAGAGGAAGAGGAGCCUACCGUAAAACGGAAGAUUGCCGCCAUCGAAUGUGCGAAAACGGAAGCUGAUCCAGACCCAAAGGUACAAAACAUUGAUGAUUUGGAGUAACAUGUUUUAUUGAAACAAUCUUAAAUGGAUUACAACUUGAAAGAAAAGUUUUAUUUGAAAUAAACUAAUUGAAAUAAAAGAAAAUAAAAUAUUGAUUUAAAUGUUUGCGUAUCAUUUUACAGGCUAAAACCGAUUCACAAGUCGCCGAAUCUGAUACACUAGAGGUGAACAACAUGCAGGCCACUUGUGGCCAUAGAAUUCCAAAUGCAACGAUUGAAGCAAAAGUUGCCGGGAUUGGAGUUAAAUUUCUAAUUGAUUCUGGUGCGCAGGUGAACACCAUUACAAAGGCAUCUUUCGACCUGAUUUUAGCCGAUCAGAACGCUAAGUCUCAAAUAAUUGGUCUGAAAUCCUCUUCUGACACACCAUUGAAAGCGUAUGCAAUGCCUGAACCAAUCAAAGUUGUCGCCAAUUUUUCCGCUGAGUUGUUCAUUUCGCACGAUAGACCAGUAACAGUAGAAAAAUUCUACGUGGUGGAUGAGUUCAAAGCACUUUUGGGGCUUAACACGGCGAUCAGAUACUCAGUCCUUGACGUUGGUUUAAAUGUGCCUAUACGACAGCAGAAACGGCACCAGUUUCAGCCCAAUGAACGCUAUAUUCAAACCGUUUCAACCAGAGAGUUUCCAAAAUUCAACAUUCCUCCAGUGUCGUUGAAGUAUAAUGCUAAUAUGCCGCCCGCUCGUAAUGUGUACACUCAUAUUCCAAAAGCAUUCAAGGAACUUACGAAACAGAAGAUUGACUAUCUUCUAUCAAGCGGGAUCAUUGAAGAGGUCACUAUGGACAUGGAUCGUUCAUUCUGUUCUUCCCUAUUGGUGGUACCCAAAGGAAAGAAUGAUAUUCGACUCGUCAUCGAUUUGCGGGGACCCAAUCGAUGUAUCUAUAGAACUCCCUUCAAAAUGCCCACACUUGAGUCGAUACUGAUGGAACUUCAUGGUGCCCAGUGGUUCUCCACCAUUGAUUUGACGAACGCAUUUUUCCAUAUUGAGUUGGACGAAGGCUCACGACAUUUAACGAACUUUUUCGCCGGAGAUGGGCUCUACCGUUAUCGCAGACUCCCGUUCGGACUGACGAAUGCUCCCGAUAUAUUUCAGGAGACUCUGCAAACCGUUGUACUUGCUGGAUGUGAAGGUCAGAUUAAUUACUUGGAUGACGUAUUGAUCUUCGGGCGUACUAAGAAAGAACACGACGAAAACUUGGAACAGGUGAUGAAGAGCUUGGAAAACCAUAAUGUCAAAAUAAAUGAAGAAAAAUGCGCUUUCGGAAAGCAGUCGGUUGAAUUUCUGGGCUUCGUAGUGUCAGCUGAAGGAUGGAAGAUCGAAGAAGAGAAGAUUUCAGCCAUGCGAAACUUCAGGCAUCCAGAGUCGAUUGCAGAGGUGAAGAGUUUUUUAGGAUUGGUCAACUUUAUCGGAAAAUUUAUCCCAAACAGAGCAGACAAAACGAUAAGGCUUCGAGAGUUAGCAAGAGCUGAUCGAUUCUUCUGGAAUCAGGAACUCGAGGACGAAUUUGAGCUCCUAAAAAAUGAGGCGUGGGACACCAUUACGCUUGGAUAUUUCAACAGAGACGACCGCACAGAACUAUUCGUCGAUGCUUCACCGUUUGGCUUGGGGGCGGUAUUAGUCCAAUUCGACCAGGAAUCUAACCCGAGGGUAAUAGCGUGUGUUUCAAAGGCGCUAUCUGUUACAGAGCAGAAGUAUCCCCAGACACAAAAAGAAGCCUUGGCAAUGGUUUGGGCUGUUGAAAGACUUUCUGUGUACCUCACGAGUAUGUUCUUUACAAUACGAACUGAUGCAGAAUCGAAUGAGUUUAUUUUUGGUGGCCGGCACAGAAUUGGGAAAAGAGCAGUGACGAGAGCAGAGUCAUGGGCAUUGCGACUGCAGCCCUACAAUUUCAAUGUCAAAAGGAUACCUGGUGAAAUGAAUGUGGCAGAUGCACUGUCCAGAUUGGUCGAACAAAGUCAGCCAAUCAAAUCGUUUGAUGAGGAAGCCGCCACCAAUCAUUUGCUGUACUUUAUCGAUGCAGGAGCAAUGGAAAUUUCCUGGGACGAUAUUGAGAAACAUUCGGAAAAGGAUACAGAGUUGGAGAAAGUAAGAGCUGCACUUGAAACAGGACACUGGGAGCAUGGUUUGCGCAGAUAUGAAUCACAGGCCAAGGAGCUUAGUGUUUUUGGAAGCUCGGUUUUCAGAAGCGACAAGAUAGUUCUUCCAGAAGAAUUACGAACAAAAGCUAUUGAGUCGGCUCAUCAGGGCCAUAUGGGAAUCGGUUCCACCAAAAGAAUCCUACGUGACCAUUUCUGGUGGCCUGGAAUGAGUUCGGAGGUUGAAUCAUUCAUAAAGCGCUGUGAAACGUGUCUACUGCUAUCAAAGAAGAACCCACCUAUUCCGUUGACCAACAGAGAACUUCCCUAUUGUUGGCAACGAUCACUCGGUGUAUACCGGCCUUGAAGCAACCAUGAAUUCUCACAGGGAUAAGGCUGUGACAGUGACAUUGACAGGUACAGAUGACAGGACAACUGACAAUGACAUUGACAAAGCAUAAAUAAUAACCAACGUAUCGACCGAUAGCACAUGCACAAAUUAAAAUCUUAGUCUAAUUUCUAAAUGUUUAAAUUGAAAAAUUAUUGAAUUUGUAUCUUAAACGUUACAUACAUAAAACUCGUUCGACAAAGACUGACACAUUGAACUUUCACACGUGAAUUGGAUUAAAAUUUCUUAAAGCAUUCUCACAUCAACUCUGGGUUUGCUAAAGAAGAUCCGAAAGUUCACCGAAGUUUUCACUGUCAGCAACAAAUUUUAAGAAAUUUUAUCGACCGUUUGGAGGUUAGUAACAAGCCUAUCGGUAGCAAGAUGCCCACUCUCAGGCCGCGGCCCGAACGUCUGAGCAUCGUCAGAGAGCUCUCGGAAGAGGAAGCCGCUACUGAAGCAAGCUGCCCCGGGUGUAAUCGACCGGACAUCGCGGAGCGAUACAUGGUGCAAUGCGAUAUGUGCGAGAGGUGGUAUCAUUUCUCCUGCGCCAAAGUGGACGAGGCAAUCAAGGACCGCAGCUUCAGUUGCUGCAAAUGCGUAGCAGUGCUGAACCAAGAUGCGAAAACAGAUUCAUUACGUUCAUCGCAGUCUGGUAGAUCAUCAUCGUCUCGAUUAGCAAACAUCCAGUUGCAGAUGCAACGGCUAGCAGAAGAACAGACUGCUCAAGAGAAAUUGAUGCAGGAAACGCAGGAGUUCGCCAGAGAACUACGGGAAAAAUCAGUUCAGCAGGAGAUUGAAAUUCGGAGCAAUAGCAUGAAGGAAAGGAUGGAACGCGAAUUGGAAUUCAUUAAGAAGAAGUACAACCUUCUGCAAAAUGAGCUAAAUGAAGAAGACAGUGGUAGUGUUAAGAGCGUCGCAAGCCAGCGAAGUGCGUCUAGCUCAGUUCGUCGGUGGUUGGAAUCACAGAUGGAAGCGGCCUUGACAAGUUCCGGGCAAGGAAAUGCCCCAACUUCCUCGACGUCGCGAACUGGGACCAUUCGAAAGGGAACUACAGCACAGAAGCAAGCAUCAUCGGCAGGCAUUGAUCAGACCCUCGAUAGCCAACUUGACAUUCAAGGCUCACAAGCACAGGUUGGUACCAGCACUAGAGUUACACCAGUGAGCGUUCAAGCGAUGCAAAAUCCCACAUUCGUUUCUCGUGGACUGUUUGGCGUCAAUACCGAACAACGGAGUGGCAGUUUUCAUACUACCGAAACAACUCGAAACGGAACUCCUGUAUCGCAGGGUCCAGCAUGUAACACGGCUGCUCGCCCGGCGGACUGCUCCCAGGCUCAAAUCACCGCUCAUCCUCUCAAUGUGAUAUCUCCGCCUACUUCCAAGCAAAUCGAGAUGGCUAGGGCCUCACCAAGAAUAUCAUGGGAUUCUGGAACCCGAGCAAAAGAACUGGAAGAGAAGAUACGUGACCUGCAGCACCAACUGAACCAUCUUCGUCUACAAUCGUCGGAGCAACCACAAGUUGACAGCCGUCUUCUUCGAAAUAGUCAACUAAACGUUCGCCAGUCCAUGGAAACCGUGGAACCAUCAACGAUAGAAAGAUAUGUCACCCAUACGAACAGGUUUGCUUCUAGCACGUCACGUGGAGGUAGGUUAAAUCCAGCCAUAGUUUCUUUCCCUUCGAACCAAACACAACCGGUAGAUUUGGAACUUCCGGAGCACCAUUCGACACCGAACACAGUAUCUGUUGAUUCUAACAUUAGUAUGCAUCCUAUAACAACGGGUGCAAUGACGUUCACUAACUUGUUUGGUUGUCCACCGGUUUCAAGUUCAGUUCGCCGUCCGCCGGUCACAUUUGUUUCAAGUUGUUCGAAUCCCAUCAUGUCGUCCCAAAUACCCCCUUGUAUCUCACAAGUACCAGGGCCGAUUCCAAUGGGGCCAAAUGCACAACAGCUCGCUGCUCGCCAUGUGGUUCCAAAAGAUCUCCCUGUUUUCGAUGGCAACCCCGUAGAUUGGCCUCUGUUCUACAGUAGCUACACCACCUCCAAUGGAAUGUGUGGUUACACAGACGCUGAAAAUUUGAUGCGGCUCCAGCGUUGCCUUAAGGGAAAUGCUCUUCACGCUGUGAGCUGUCAACUUCUCCAUCCGUCAUCUGUACCACAGAUCAUCGCAACAUUACAGAUGUUGUAUGGUCGGCCUGAGUUGGUGGUAAAUAGUCUUAUCAACAGAGUUCGAGCAAUACCGCCCCCGAAAGCAGAUAAACUGGAGACCGUCAUGAGUUUCGGACUGGCUGUUCAGAACUUGUGUGGCCAUUUGAGAGCCAUGAACAUGGAUAAUCACUUGUCUAACCCUACUCUAUUGCAAGAGUUGGUUGGAAAGCUGCCUGCUGGCAUUAAGCUCGACUGGGCGCUUUAUCUACGGCAAGUAGCUAACGCGGAUCUUCGAACGUUCAGCGAUUACAUGUCUAUGAUAGCGUCGGCUGCUAGUAACGUAACAUACAGUACGGAAACAAGCGCAAAACCGGACAAGCAGAAAGGUAGAGAAAAGGGCUAUUUCAAUGCGCAUGCUGAGGAGAACAAGAAAAACGUCAGUUUUGUUCGUCGACCAACCGGAGCAUGCGAGGAGAAACAGCCGGACCACCCGAAACCGUGUACAGUAUGUCAAAAGCUCGGCCAUAAAGUUAGAGAUUGCAGUGUCUUCAAAGGCCGAAACAUAGGAGAACGUUGGAAGUUGGUUCAGCAGUUACAUCUCUGCAGAAGGUGUUUAAUUUCCCAUGGAAAAUGGCCAUGCAAGUCGUUAGGUUGUGGCAUAGAAGGAUGCGAGUUACGACAUCAUACGCUGUUGCAUCCAGGAAAACCUGAAGACAGUUCUACGAUGUCCCGACAACCGUCUGGAAUUGAAGGACCUUCAACCGGAAAGGUGAACACUCAUCGUCGUAAGCAACGUUCUACUCUUUUCCGUAUUCUACCUGUAACGUUGUACAGCAAGUCUUCUUCGAUCGACGUCUUGGCCUUUCUCGAUGAUGGGUCGGAAUUCACUCUUGUGGAGAAGGAAGUUGCAGACCAGCUGGGGGUGAAAGGAGAAGUGGAACCUCUAUGUCUCCAAUGGACAAGCAAUGUAACUAGGACUGAAUCAGAUUCGAGAGUCAUUCAACUGGACAUUUCUGGAAAGGGUUCCAAGAAGCGUUACUCCCUAGAUCGCGUCCAUACUGUUGAUACCUACAGGGUCUUCCCGUGGAAAGUUACAGCGGGAUCCCUCCUAGAAUUCUGA